UCAACUAAAUUCAGAUGUCAAGUAUAUUUGGUAACGGUUUGUAAUGUUUUAUCAAAUGCUACAAGAAGUAACAACACCUCCUAUAAAAUAGAUCAAUAAUUUCUAUGAAAAUUAGGUUAUUUGUCCAAUGGAGCUAAACAGGUUGAACACUAGCGUGGAGCUUAAUGUCUCAAACCUGGUGUUACCAAACUAUUUUAUUAAUAAAUGGUGGACUUUCAUUUUUCAUCAUAAAGAUAGAAAACUUGGGUUCGAAUCUCGUCAUGUACAAAUAUGUUUUUAAUUCAUAUGUCCAUAUACCUCAUAUUCUUACGGUGAAGAAAGCCAUAGAAGAUGUAACAUGCACAUGUCUGAGAAGACGUCAACUUGGGCCGGCGUGGUUGACUAUGACCUAGUUACACCAAAUAUAAUGUAGGCUCUGAGCCUCGAGAGUAGGAUGAUUAUCUAUUCUUUGCGAGGAUCCCGGGAUCAAGAUCCAUUUGAUUUAGAAUACACAGUAGGGGCCUUGGCGUGCGUCACUUACAGACGUUCCUGCUCUUCCUUGCGCUAUGUCUCGUGUACAGCAUGCGCGUCAACAUCAGCAUGGCCAUAGUGGACAUGACUGACACCACCAAGGACGACCAUUUCGAUUGGAGCUACAGCAUGCAGUCGAUGAUUUUGUCGUCAUUCUUCUGGGGCUACGUGCUGCUCAUGCUGCCCUCUGGUGAACUAGCCAAGCGAUUCGGAGGCAAGGUCCUUAUCACAAUCUCCGUGUCUGUCAACGCGUUUGUCUCUCUGAUCCUACCCACAGCUGCUUAUUAUGGCGGGUGGAAGUUCGUAUUGGUGUGUCGCAUGCUGCAGGGUAUGUCCCAGUCUUUCGUGUUCCCCUCCAUGCACCACCUCGUCAGCCAAUGGAUACCGCUAGAAGAAAAGGGCAGGCUUAGCACUAUCAUAUAUGCUGGCAGUCAGCUAGGCGUGGCCAUUCAGCUGAUCUCUUCAGGGUUCAUAGCGUCUGCGUGGGGUUGGAAGGCGAUCUUCUACACCAACGCGAUAUGUGGCGGCCUCUGGACAGCCGCUUAUGUCUUUCUCGGCGCCGCCUCGCCCGAGCAAUCCAAAAUGAUAUCACAGCAUGAGCUUAGAUAUAUACAAACGUCUUUAGGACGAACCGAAGAACAAAAGAAACACCGUACUCCCUGGCUGAAGAUCGUGACAUGCCUCCCGUUCUGGGCGGCCGUGGUGGCGCACUGCGGACAGAACUGGGGCUUCUUCACGCUCAUGACUGAGAUGCCCACGUACAUGGCCAAAGUACUGGAUGUUAACUUGAAACAGAACGGCGUGCUGUCGUCUUUGCCGUACUUGGCCAUGUACCUGCUGAGCUUCCCCGUGGGUUUUCUGACAGACUUCCUCAUCAGGCGCCGCUGGCUCAGCGUCACCAAUACGAGGAAGUUGUCCAACUCUAUAGGUUUGUGGGGUCCGGCUCUAGCGCUAAUCGGCUUGUCGUACGCGCCCGAGGGCAAUAUGAUAAUAUCCGUGCUAAUGCUAACGGUUACUUUGGGCAUCAACGCCGGCCACUUCACAGGAUACAUGUUAAUUUUGGUGGACUUGGCGCCAAACUUCAGUUCAUCUCUGAUGGCUAUCUCAAACUUCUUCGCUAACAUUAUAUCUAUCAUAGCGCCGUUGGUUUGCGGCAUUAUCAUACAAGAUGAGACGGAUCCCGGGGAGUGGCGGAAGGUGUUCUUCUUGGCGUCAGGCAUCUACUUCUGUACCAAUCUAUGUUUCGUUCUGUUUACCACAUCCAACAAACAACCCUGGAACGACCCGGAGGAAGAAGAUUCCGAUCCGAACAUAGAAAAACCCAUCGAAAAAUAAUGUCUGUAUGGC